CUCUUCAAGCUCUCAUCUGCCACCUCCUCCGACUGUGGAGUGAUGUUAGCGUUCAGUGCUUUUAUUUCCAGCUUCAAAAACAGCCUGGAUGUGUUGUUGAAACGACGACUAUAAAUUCGUGCUGUUCCGUGUUUAAUGUCAAGUACAUCCGGCAUCGUUGGUAAUGUCCAAUAGGCGGCGCUAAUACGCAUGUCUGGGCAGCAGAUAGCUUUGUUGACGGAAGUCCUCCCCGGAAGGACAGAGGGGCAGCGAUGGUGCGCGUGAAGUCGAGGUACUUAUUGUGCGAAGUCAACGUGUCAGACAAGAGCCAGCUGCUGCUGCUGGAUGAUCGAGCUGUUGCAGCCACAGUCAGGGCGGCGGUGGCCCGUACACACGGCGACUAUGGAGCAGCACUGUGCAGCAUCCGAUUUUCUGUGAAAUAUCUGAAUGCUCAUACUGGAAUAGUACUCCUACGUUUUCCCAAAAGGUGUUACAGACUCCUCUGGUCUGCAUUGCCUUUCAUUACCAGCAUUGAAACUCGUAGCCACAAAAUCCCUUGUUUCCUGAACUGUUUGCAUGUGGGAGGAACAAUUAGAACAUGUCAGAAGUUUCUGAUCAAGUACAACACCCAGCAGCUUCAUCGAAUGCUCCCUAAAUGUAAAGAUGAAGAAGAAAAGCAACAUAUUCGCAAAGCAAUUCUAAACUGCUCUCUAGCCGGGGAAACUAAGGAAGCGUUUGAGGAGGAAUCAGAGAGUGAGGAAGAUGAAGUGGAGUGACUACACAACAUGUUGGUAGCUUUGUUCAAGUUCUCCUUGGAUGCGUGGUUGUGGUAAUUUUUGUUACAAAAGAAGACAUAGCGCAAGCUUUGGAAGAAAUGCACACCCAACUCCACGUUGUUUACUGCAGCUGCUCAGUGGAUUUGUUACUAAAAACAACUGAUUGUAUGCCUCUCUGCAACAGAAGGACCCUUAAAUGAGGAUUGCCUCACUUUGUCAUUUAAAAAAUUUGGGUUGACA